UAUACUUGUGACACUCGUUGGUUGCCACAGGUGACUCAGUUGUAAGUACCGCAGCAGCGCCGAACAGUACAUGAAAGCUCAUUUAUUCAUCUCUAGAAUGGAAUGAAAGGCGUUUAUAAUCGAUGUGCAGCAUCUUUAAAUGUCAAAAGGAAUUAGGUUGGACCAAAUAUGCGGCUGCUAAAUUCUCAUUAGACCGUUAAGCGGUGGGAAGGACAGUGGUUUAUGUCGCCCGUCGUCGAUUUAUAUCUGCUAGAGCUUUUAUAUAAACAGAAACGAUUUUAGUGUUGGGAGUUUUACAUUUUAAGCCUCCUCUCGAGUUUCUAUGAGAUGACGCCUUCACGGUCCGUUCUGUUGGUGGGAGAGGGGAACUUCUCCUUUUCCUCUUCAGUGUGUAAGUUGGACUCUGAAUCAGGGAGCAGCAUAACGGCCACCUGCCUGCAGCAUCAGGAGGAGGCUUUGCGCCACGAAGGAGCAGCUACCAACAUUCAGACCAUCCAGGACUCGGGGGGGACUGUCCUGUUUGAGGUGGACUGCACCAGGCUGGGGGAGUGCGCCUCCCUGAAGGGCCGAGUGUUUGACAGAGUAGUGUUCAACUUCCCUCACUGCGGGAGGAAGAGCGGGGUGAAAAAGAACAGAGAGCUUCUGAAGAGCUUCUUCCUUAGUUGUGUUGAGAUUCUGUCUGAAGACGGGGAGGUCCACGUCUCUCUGUGUAACGGACAAGGCGGGACUCCUGUCGACCAGCCGAAGCGCGAGUGGCACAACAGCUGGCAGGUGAGCGCCAUGGCAGCCGAGGCUCACCUCAUCCUUAGUUGUGUGACUCCAUUUGAAAGUGACCACCUCCCGAGCUACAAGUGCACAGGAUACAGGAGCCAGGAUAAGGGUUUUCAUGUGGAGAAAGCUCUGCUGCAUGUGUUUACACGCAGCAUCCCCUACACUCCUGCCCAGAUAGUUCAGAUGGAGGAGAUUAUUGAAGGGGAGAAGGUCCACUACAACAUACCUGCUGAGCUCAGUGACUAUGUAUCCAGGAGGUUUCUCUGCUCAGAUUCCAUCCAUCCUGUCAAGCUGGUACAAGAUUUUCUUCUCCAGGGAUUUGCCAAACGGUGGCCACUCUGUCUGCAUGAUGAACCCUUUCCUUUCCUCCUCCCAGCCAAGCGGCUGCAGACACGCUGCCACGGCAUUGACAACCUGCAGUGCUACUGGAUCCAUCUGCUUCAGAAAGAGCUUCCCUCUCAUGGUCAAGACAAAGAUGCAGUCUGCCCAGACUCAAAAGCUAGUUUAACUCCUACCAAAGCAGACAGGGCAAGGAGUAAAGACACUGAGAUUUUACAGCUUAUAAACUGCCUUGAUGUUAAUCGGGAAGCUGAAGGGGGUCUUUACAUGCUGCGUCCAUCACUGCUUCCUCAGCUGGAAGACUUGCUAAUUGACAAAAAAGAUAAUAUUGAUGAAGCGCAGCCUCCGAAACAAGCUGAAGAAAGUUCUGAGGUUGAGGGCAAUAAGGAAGAAGGUACCUGUAAGGGCUGCAAUGGGAGUUCUAGCUUGUUUGCUAUCAGUGGAGUGGUGUUCAGGAGUGUGCCCAUCAGCCCUUGGGCUCUGCCUGCCUUUCAUGAGCUUCUCCUCACAGGUGUUUUCCCAUUGAAAAAUAAGCCAAUGAAAUUGAUAUUACAUGAGCUGGAAACUCUGCUCUCUCCCUACGGGGUCACCAUGGUUACUGAUGAGGAAGGUCUGCAUCUGUUAGCUCAGCCGAUGGGGACGAUCGGUAGGGUGUUUACAAGCAGCGAAGCUGACGGCAGCAGCAACGUCACCAUCAGUGCUUCUCUAAAUUUAGACCUCCUGGCUUGUCUUUUGUUCUCACUCCCAGACUGGCGGCUGCUUUGGUCUCACGACUCACGCUUCUUAAAACAGUUUUCCCUACGACCACAACCAGGGACGUCAUUUCAGCCCUUUUCUUUGUACCCCGGGUCCUUCAGCUUUGACAUCAGCUUUUGGACAGGACCUGCGUGGGAGGAGAGAAGGUUCUAUGCUAUUGUCAGAGAGGCCAGCCACGGGACUGUGGAGCAAGUUAAGCUCAUCGACACGUUCUCUCACCCUGACCUGAGUCAAACCAGUUACUGUUACAGACUCGUUUACCACUCACACACACAUGCCCUGUCACACACACAGGCUCUGAAGUUUCACAAGCAGCUGGAGCUUUUACUCUCGUCUCGUCUGCAGGUCAUCAUCAGGUAGCACUUGAGAAAACCCGUUGGAGAUGUUAGGAAAACACAGACAUUUUAAUUCUCCACACGUGCUUUUAAACUAAAGAAAAAAUAUCAGAAAAUCUAUAGUCAAACGUUUGGUUGAAACCGUGGUUGUUUUAUUCAUCUGAAAUGUAACUAAAGUGAUCCUGUGUGUGUUUGUGUUAUAACUGUAUAAUAAACCUAUUUAUUUCUGA